CCGUGAGUUGGUUUGUUGUCAAGAUGGAGUUCUUACUGGGAAACCCAUAUAGCACUCCGGUGGGGCAAUGUAUUGAAAAGGCCACCGAUGGCUCUCUCCAGAGCGAGGAUUGGACACUGAACAUGGAAAUAUGUGACAUCAUCAAUGAAACAGAGGAUGGGCCAAAAGAUGCCAUGAGAGCUGUCAAAAAGAGAUUAAAUGGAAACAAGAACUACAGAGAAGUGAUGCUGACAUUAACGGUCCUGGAGACAUGUGUGAAGAACUGCGGUUAUCGAUUUCACGCCCUUGUCACGACGCGUGACUUCAUCGAUGGCGUCCUUGUGAAAAUAAUUUCACCCAAGAACAACCCUCCCGCCAUCGUGCAAGACAAAGUGCUCGCGCUCAUUCAGGCCUGGGCGGACGCGUUCAGAAGCAGCCCCGACCUGACAGGUGUGGUGCAUGUCUACGAGGAGCUCAAGAGGAAAGGAGUCGAGUUCCCUAGGUCAGAGCUGGAGUCUCUGUCUCCCAUCCACACGCCGCAACGGCUACAGACGGCACCUGAGGGAGACCAAUUACUGCACAAGUUCUCGGGCGCGCCGCAGCCCAAGCCUCAGCCUCACCCCACUCCUGCCGCACCCCCCUUCAGCGCUGCCCCGCCACCACACUCCGGCGCCCCCCAGGUUCCCAACCUGCACAUGGCCGGCCCCAUCACCCCCAACCCUGAACAGAUAUGCCGGCUGCGCAGCGAGUUGGAUAUUGUGCGGGGCAACAUCAAGGUGAUGUCGGAGAUGCUGACGGAGAUGGUUCCAGGCCAAGAGGACCCCUCCGAUCAUGAACUCUUGCAGGAGCUAAACCGCACGUGCAGGGCGAUGCAGCAGCGCAUCGUGGAGCUCAUCUCUCGCGUGUCCAACGAAGAAGUCACAGAGGAGCUGCUGCACGUUAACGACGACCUCAACAACAUCUUCCUCAGAUACGAGAGAUACGAAAGGUUCCGUUCCGGCCGAACUGCCCAGGGAAUCAACAACGGAGUGCUGAGUGAGGCUACGGAGGAUAACCUAAUAGACCUGGGCCCCGGCUCGCCCUCUGUGGCUACCCUGAUGGUCAGCUCCACGCCGCCCCCAGCCCCAUCCCCAGCCCCAGCCCCAGCCCCAACUCCAGCCCCACCUACAGCUUCAGCCCCAGCACAGCUGCCGCCCUCCGCUCUGCCCGCCUCCAUCUCCACCCCGGUCCGAUCCGCAUCCCCAGCCUCCCUCUCCUCCAAGCUGGCAACACUGGAUGUGAGUGGAGACAGUGUAAGUGGCACUCUGAGUGCCCUGAGCCAGCCGGAGGACGACUUUGACAUGUUUGCCCAGACCCGGACCGGGACCGUGCCGGAACAGCGGAAUAAUCCCCCGCCACCGUUUGAAGAGCCCCAGGCAGCGGUCGAGACAGCCGCCCCCACUCUGGAGGUUAGACAACAGACGCAUGCAGGGGGCCCCCUGUCACAGGCCUCUGUCAUGGAUGACAUAGAGGAGUGGCUCAGUACGGACGUGAGAGGAGAUGAAGGGGAGGAAGGUGUGACCAGCGAAGAGUUCGAUAAGUUCCUGGAGGAGAGGGCCAAGGCUGCAGACAUGGUGCCCGCCUUGCCAUCGCCCCCUAGUGGUGACCUGCCCUCAGUACCGUCGGCCACAGCUGCUGCUGCUGCCACCUCCACCCCAAGUGCCGGCAAGAAGAGCGAGCGGCCCCCCGCGGACGCCCUGUUCUCCAUGUAGAGAGGAUACCCGUCUCCACCUCUCCACACUGAUCCGACUCCAACAGAAACGCCCUCCUUGUUGUCCAGAACGCACUUCUUCUCCAGCCCUCCACAUUGAUCCGACUCCCAACAGAACCGCCCUCCUUGCCCAGAGUGCAAUUUCUUCUCACCUUUUAACUGACCCGGAUCGAAGGGAGCCGCCCUCCUUGUUGUCCAAACUGAUCCGACUCCAACAGAACCACCCUCCUUGUUUUCCAGACCGCAUUUAUUCUCCACCUCUGUCCAGAUUAGACUCCCAACACAACCUCUCUGCCCAGACGCCAUUUCUUUUCCACUUCUCAAACUGGUCCAUCUCUAACAGAACUGCCCUCCUCCUCCUUCCCUACCUGCCUGCCUGCCUGUGUUCCCCUGUCAUCCAUGUAGGCACCCUGCUCCACUGGUCCCUCAACACUACAACCACCUCCAGGUGUUCGUCCGGUGGUCUAGCAUCACUCCUAUGGUCCCAACAGCUCAGCCCAACCAUACCUUACCUACUUGUCUGUGCCCAUGAACCUCACCUCUGAGUGGGUUGAUACCAGCGUUUGGAGCACAGCACCAACACACCACCCCUCAAGCCCCCAUCACCACAGGUGAUGUGCAAAAUGUACUGUUUAAUUACAAUUUAGUUGCACAUAUUCCAAAUGACUCAGCUUACUCGUCCAAUUCAGCCAGUCGAUUGGCUGGUUGAGUGAUCACUUGAUUGAACUGGACAGGUAAAACAAAGCCAUGUGGAAUAUGUGGCACUGGACUGUAACUAAUGAAUCCAUUUUGCCCAUCACUGACCACCAUUGCACUACCACCCUCAACCACGAGCCUCACCACCAUAACCAUCCACAAGAUACAGUACCUCACCGUCCCUUCCUGCUGCUCAAUCCCCCCACUCACAACACUCUCAGUUCAUUGGACUAUUUUUGGCUACUUUGAUAACAAUGAUAAAGGGAACCUGUAGACAUUUUCACUCAACAAUCAUUCAAUCCUUUUUUCGGUCUUAGUUUCUUUUUUUGGUCAUAGUUUCAUAGGUUUUUUUUCUUUUUCUUUCUCCGCCUUGAAGGUGGCCUGGCCUGUGAUGCCUCAAGUGAGUGGAAAGUGGCUCCUUGUGGUUUUAUCAGAUCUUGUAGCAGAAAUGUGUUUCGUUUUUCUCUCAUUCAGGAAUUAUUGCAUUUGGAUAGAUCACUUCUCUUAUUUUCUAAGAGCUUUCACACAUUUGAAAGGGAAACUCGAGGUACUGCCACAAUGACAGUUAUAGGUUAUUGGGUUAAGUCCUCUUAAGCGUUCGAAUCGAAAUUCUUCUGCUCAAACACAUUUUUUUACUAAAUGAUGUCAUAUUCAGGAUCUGUUAGACUAGAAUACAGCUGUGAUUAGGUUCCCCAACUAAAAACACUCGACUACAGUAGUUCAAAGUCGGUGGAUGAGGAUAUUUUUGUACUGUACAGUAGACAUUACCAGCGAAGAAUCUAAUCAAACUAUUUGGAACUCUUCAUACAUUUUCAGUUUAAUAUUCUCUCGUGCGGGAAUUCAUUAUUCUCUGGUGUGGGAAUUCAUUCUGUCAUUUCACAGAAGUAUUGUUUGAAUUUGUGCACCAUACACAGGCUACUUCUCAACAUGAGGGGGCCAAAAUAAGGACCUAGAGUUGUACAUGGAUUAUGUGUCAGUUCAGGUUCAGACAGUACUGUAGGUGUUGUGGUUUUCAUUUGAUCUCUCCAUUUACAUACCUUGUAGUUUUUCCACUAUCAUCUCUCUUUAAAAAAAAACAUUAUGAUGUGUGAAGAAUGAACAUCUUGUUGUGCUCUAGCCUCUUUUAGCCUAAUUUUCUCACCCCACUUUAAAUUUUUCUCUUUUCGACAUUUUGAAUAUGAUUUAUGCUGGUGUUGGUUCAGUAUGUGUAACUUCGAGGGUAAAAAAGGGUGUAAAUCUUUUUGCCUGGAAAAAUAAGGGAAUGCUAUUGCUGAAGGGAAGGGAUAUAAAAGGUGAAAUUUUGUAACUAACGAAAUGGUAAACUUUGUUGUUAUCUUAUGAGAUGCUACAGAGAUGCUGUAUCAUGCUAUAACUGACUGUGGUUCUCAGCAUGGACCUUCUUUUUGGAGCUAAGACAGGGAAAAAGGACAAGUGAGGGAGAAAUGUAGACGUACAUGUACAGUUAUGUAUGUCAUAGCACAGGCUUUUUUUGCAUAAAAAGCUCUCUAAUUGUUUUACUCAAAAUUAAGCGACUUCACCUUCAGCUUUCAAGUCACAUAAUGUUGGGAAACCCUAUUGAGGACUUGAAGAAUGGUACAUAAUGUGGUGCGUUGAGGCGGUCACAUUUUUUUCGAACUAUCAUGUAAGAGCUAGAACAAUGAGACUGAAAUACAGCUGGAAAUGUUGUUUAUAACACCAGUAGGAGAAAAGCUGGGGGCCUGGGUAUGGCAGCAUCACCAUCACACUGUCAGCUGCACACACUACACAUUAACACUACACAGCUAUACUGCGGAAGAAAUACUACUCAUACCUGUAGUUGUGCAAAUGCUUCUCGAUGGAUCAGGAGUCGGGACUUCCAAUUACGUACUCUGUAAAGCUAUGCCAGGUGUGCUGUAGGUGGCUAAAAAGAGUGCCUGAGUUCUCCUUCACUGGGCCAAUCAUUCUACCCCUUCCAUCCUGCCAUCAUCCGUGUGCAGUUAGUUGAAAUGAACUCUAUUAAAUGGACCAAACAGUGAAGUUAUUUAACAGCUAGCUUGCUGUUCUAGUGCUCUGAAAGACCAAACACUGGUGUGUUGUGGGUUGGCGUUUCUAGAUAUUGUAUUACACUACAAUCGGAAUUGAGUUGCUGCUCAUGUGUACUGUAUGUCUGUCAUAGUACGUUGUCAUUCGUUCGGUUCAGAGGGUGUGUAUUUUUGCUGCGAGGAACUGUCGGUGGAAUGCUGGUGUGGCUUGUCUUUGUGGCUUAUUUUUGAUUCGUUGUAAUUGUAUGGUUUUAGACAAAGGGCCUAUAUUACAAAGCUGGUUCAGGAAUAAACCAGGUUAAGUUAAGGGGUAAAUCAUCUAAUAGAAGAGCCUGGAGUCCUCACGUUCUUAGUUUGAGACUGUUGAUUUGGACUUGUCCCAGACUGUGUCCAGAGUCUAAUCCAGGCAGAUUUCCUGACAUACAUGAAGUUAACUACUGGCAUAGUAGGUGAGCUGGCAAACUAAUUUAAAAACAAAAAAGGGUUUUCUUUGAUUUGUAUUUUAUUUUUGUCAUUAAUUUUCUGGCACAUUUCUGACUAUGCUGUACUAACUUAAUUAUUAGUUGUGUUAGCCACACAAUCAGGGUUCAGAACAACCUUUGCUGGAAUCUGCAAAUAUUUCUGUUGUUUUGUCCAUUUUGUGCACUUUUUUUGACUACCGGUAUUUCAAGGCAGGAAAACUCUUUAAAACUCACACUUUUAUUGUUUAUUAGAAGGAAACAAACGGUUGAGAUACUAUAAAAGUGUGUCUUUAAUUUGGGAAUGUAGUUAUUAUUAAUUUAUUUGCAUUUUACUUUUAAAUAUUGUUGUUAUGGAGUGUCUUACAGUAUGUAUGUGGGAUAUGUUUAUCAACUGUAAAGAAAAAAAUAUUUUAAGCCUGUGUGUGCGUGUGUAUGCAAAAUAUAUUGGUAUUCAUUUCCUCUAGCUGGA